AGACAACACAAGCCAUGGCAAGAAGUCAGAAGGAUUUGAAGGGAUGGCAAUACAUAUUAAGUGAGGACAAUGCAAAUCCGGAAACCCCCAACAGACGUAGCCGGAGAUCGGCGCGGAACACAAGCUCAAUUAUUCUCAAACGUGAUAAUGAUGAUAUGGAACUUAAAGUAGGUGAUACCGUUCUUGUCAAAGAUGAUAACGCAGUUGCUGAGGUAGCUCUUAUCAAAUCAAUUGAUUUUGGUACUGAUUAUUUUAUAGAAGUGUUGGUGAUUUGGUUCACCCAUGCUGACUCUAAAGAGCCUGAUGUUGAACAAAAUGAGAUUUAUAUUACUCCAUAUCUAGAAAAAAUCCAGAUGAAAGACGUGAUUAUGAAAGUGCAGGUGUUAUCUAACGAAGAAUACAAUGAUAUUGUUAUUGAUGAAUCCAAUUCUUCCACUACAUUCAUGACUAGACGUGCUUGUUACGAUGAUGGUAAGUCGGAUUCAUUUGACUUUCGAUUCUUGAUGGAUAAAUUUACAGAAAAUCCAGAUGGGUUUGUCCAGUAUUUGAGAACAAAGACGGUAGUUCCAACUAAGAAGCGAAAGACAAGUAAGAAUUCAUCUGCACGAGCACUGCCAGCACCAGUAGAAACCAUUAUCUCAAAGGAAACAAGUUCUGUUGAAGCAGAAGCAGAAGCAGAACUUGAAACAGCAGAGCAAGACGAAGAAGAUGAAGAUGAAGAAGAAGAAGAAGAAGAAAUACUAGACAAGGAUAAUGAUGUAGAUUUUGAGGAUUUAACUGGAGAAAAUUCUGACGACGAUGUCAUAGGAAUAGACUCAAGUGAUGACGAAUACGUAGACGCACUUCAGUCUCCAGUUAAACGAAGUCGUGGAACUCCAAGUGCCAGAUCCAGUCCCGUUAAAUCACCUCGUAAAUCAAGCAAAACAACUACUCCUAAAAGCAGCCCAAAAAAACAACAAAAGAAUCAAAUCGAAGAAUUAUAUUCCACAAUUUUAACCCCAACUAAGCGAAGAAGAGUUUUUAAACCCAAUACGCCAAUCCUCCCUACAUUACUUUCACCUUCUAAAAACACAAAUGCUCUUACAGAUCCAACCUCACAAGCAUUCAAAGAUAUCAAAGCCAAAUUGCACACGUCACAAAAGUUAAAUGCUCUUCCGGGAAGAGAAGAUGAAUAUGCCAUGAUUUACAUGAAUUUAGAAUCUGCCGUCAAUGAAGAAACAGGUUGUUGUGUAUAUGUCAGUGGGGUUCCUGGUAUGGGUAAAACUGCCACCAUCCGAGAUGUUAUUGAACAAAUGACUCAAUCAGUGGAACGAAACGAAAUUAAACCAUUUAAUUAUCUAGAACUCAAUGGGUUAAAACUAGUGUCACCAAAUGUUGCUUAUGAAAUGUUGUGGGAGCAAAUCAGUGGAGAUAAGGUGAGUCCUGCAAGUUCGGCUCUUUUAUUAGAAGAGUAUUUCAAUAGAGAAGACAAUAACAGGAAACCAUUCAUUGUGCUAAUGGAUGAAUUGGAUCAAAUAGCCACUAAGAAACAAAAUGUCAUGUAUAACUUCUUGAAUUGGCCCACUUAUAAGAACUCAAAAUUGAUCGUGAUUGCCGUGGCCAAUACUAUGGAUUUACCAGAAAGAGUCUUAUCCAACAAGAUAUCAUCACGUUUGGGAUUACGAAGAAUUCAAUUCCGUGGUUAUACUUUUGAUCAAUUGGGAGAUAUCAUUCGUCAUAGGCUUGAUAUGUUGACCAAGCAAAGUAAGCGGAAAGUCCAUAUCUCACCCGAUGCAAUUGGUUUUGCAUCCAGAAAAGUCGCCAGUGUUAGUGGUGAUGCUAGAAGAGCUUUGACAAUAUGUCGUCGUGCUGUCGAGAUUGCCGAGAAGGAAUAUUCUCAAGAGAAAAACGGUAAUGAUGAUGAUGACAAACCAUACCAAGUCCAGAUUUCUCAUAUUUCAGCAGCAAUUAAUGAGACUGUAAAUUCUCCCUUAUCGCAAUACUUGGCCUCGCUACCAUAUGCUUCGAAAUUAUUGCUUGCUGCAGUUUUAUUAAGAAGCAAGAGAACAGGACUAGCUGAAAAUACCCUUGGUGAUAUCAUUGACGAAAUGAAGAAUGCUCAGUACAAGUCCAAUGAUACAGAGAUUACCGAUAUAUUGUAUGCUGAUAACUUGUUUGAUACUUCAAUUUCCAAGAAAGGAUCUCGUAAUUUACGAGUUCCUUACUUUAAGUACAUUUUAAACUCAUUUGUUGAAUCAGGUAUCUUAAUACAACAGAAUGUUCAAGGUGAAAGACAGCGAUUAAUUCAGUUGAAUGUGCCUGAAGAAGAGGUGAUUUCUGUAUUUAAGCGUGAUAAGCAAGUUUCGCAUUUGGUUAAUUAAAGCAAAUCUAACCCGCGAUGAUCCAGCAAAAAAAAAAAAUUAAAUUGGCAAACUUAAACAUCGUGUUUGUAUUAUACCGUUUAUUUCUUUUACAUACCUAAACAUGAGUACAUCCAUUGAUCCUACCGACUACAUCGAAGUCGAGCACGGCAGUUUACGCUUCCUGGAUGAGAAACAACAAGGAAAGUUCGAACUUGGUGUUUGUAUGGCUGUUUACAAGUGGGAGGAAUUAGCCACGGCCGUGGAGAAUAGCUGGGGUGGACCUAAGUCCAAUGAGAAACGAGAUUGGAUUUCUGGUAUUGUUAUUGAAUUGUUUGAUGAGAAAGCUGUAGAUAUUCAGUUGAUUGAAGAGACUUUGCUCUAUGCCAUGGUUGAUGAAUUUGACACUGAAGUUGAUAAUGAUUCUGCCUUGGAGAUUGCUGCUUUGAUUAUGAAGUUCUACAAAGACGUUACUGUUCAUAAUUAUACCGACAUUGAUCAGUUGUAUAACAGAUGGCAAGAGAAGCAGAAUUCUGGACAGCAUCAAUCUCACAAAGUUACAGUUGAAUCUGAUCCAAACAAUCCAGAUGUUUCCGAUAGUGAAGAGGAAGAAGAUGAAGAAGAGCACCACGAAGGUUGCAAUCACGAUCACGAGCACGAUCACAUGGAAAUUGACGAACCUGCUGGUCCAGUAGUUGAUGAAGAUGGAUUUGAGUUGGUUCAAAGUAAGGGAAGAAGAAGAAGAUAGUUAUGUAUGCAUUUAUUUCUAAUAGACAUGUAAUAUUACUUUAAACUAUGGUGUUACUUCUCGUUCUAUUUAUCGCGUUCAAUGUAUGCAAGCUCAGAAUUGAAUUUCGUGACAAUUUUCGUAAUGUAUCUGGCCGUUGUGGCGGCGUCUCUCCUGCGCUUAUCGAAAGCACAGGCGAUGAUCUAUUUUGAUUAGAAUUUAGACGUAGUUCACUAAACCUUUUGCCAAACUGUGUCGCCAUUUCCGUGACAGGACUAACAGGUAGAGACUGUGAUACACCAGAUCCUAUCUUGUUUAUGCUUGAGAAGAAUCCUUCUCCCGAGUCAAUCUUGAACAAUCUGACAUUUGUAUUUGCCCAAUGAUUAUAGUUUGUUAAUGAAUUCUUGACCCAUUGAAUUUCAUCCUGAUUUGUCUUGGGUUUACGACUGAGCAAACUAUUCCAACUGUAUGAAAACAUGCUAACACUGGCAAGGGAGCUACCAAUACUCUUGAAUAUUCCAUUGUUACUCCUCAUAAAACUCUUCAUCAAGUCAUUCGAAUCAUAAAUCUCAUGAAAUAACAACGACAUAUACCAACCAAGGGAUAAAUGACUCCACGUGAAUCGCAAUGGUUCUGGUUUCUCAUAAUUGUCCUCAAACGUAAUGUCUUCAAUAAGUUGAACCAUUUUCAAAAUCUCAUUUUCUUCAGACUCAUCGAGGACUUCGUGCAACUUAGGAAUAAUGACUUCUAGGAUCGUCUUCAAUGCGGCAUCGCCACCCCAGGAUUUGCCAAUAGGUAUGUUCUUCUUCAUCUUUUCUCUAGCCUUGUUGGUCAUCCCUCGGGGUGAACUAGGCCGUAAGGAUUCCGCCACGGUCUCAUCUUCCGUCAUAUAAUGGUCUUCUUCCCUAUUGAUAGGUCUUGCUAUUCCGUAAGUUUCAAUUGGUUCCCCAUAUAUCGAAGGUCUAAAACUUCCAUUGAUAAGAUGGGGAGUUACAGGCACAACUUCUGGGGUGUUGUCUAUUCUUACAGGCACUCCUUGUUUAAAAUGUACGCCAUGGAGUGAUGCCAUUGUAUUUCUCACCUCUUGAAAUACCUUUUCAUUCUUGAUCAUUGAGAAUAGCAACAUUCGUGAAGGACCAGGAUAAUUCAUAGCCGCCGUUGCAACUGCCCGUAUCACCAACGCCAAUGAAGUCAGAUGGAAUGGUAUCUCUAGCACAAAUGACCGAUUGGAUAGUUUGACGAUAAGGUGAGUGAUGGAACACGCUGCUGCGUACGAAAGUCCACCUCGCGAAUUUGGAUUAUUGAGUUUCUUCAAUGGAUCAUUAUGUACAUUCAAUUCGUCAUUGGACACUGGCUGGAUUAAAUUGUAUAGAAUUUCAACCAAGGUCUUCGCCAACAAAUCAGGCAUGGGUUUGUUCGUCAAGUACAAGAGGUUGGCUUGUUUUCCAAUAAUACAAUUGCAAAUUUGACACACUAGAAAAUCUCGAGUCGUCAAAGGGUGAUAUUGAAGCUUGUAUGGUCCAGGGAGGGACUCAUACAAUGAUGAACUCAUGGGAAAGAACAAAUCGUUAAUCAUGUCUUCCGAAGACAAGUACAACAUAAGGUAAGUGCAUAAUAUUCGUAUUAGAAGGAUAAAAUUGACUUUGUUCUGAUUUCGUACAGUACGUAUGUCUGAAGGGGUCAACAGCUCAUAUACAUCUUCUGCACAAGUGGGGUAUGUCCAAAGGGUAUUCCAGAAGGUGUUGGUGGGAGGUAUGAUUCUCCCCUGAC